GUUCCAAUUUGCUUUGUAAAUUAUGGCAGAAGAAGUGAAGCUAUUCAGGACAUGGUCCAGUCCAUAUGCUUUGAGAAUUGUGUGGGCAUUGAAGCUCAAAGGCAUCGAGUUUGAGACUAUUUUUGAAGACAUUACAAACAAAAGUCCUCUGCUCCUCCAGCAUAAUCCUGCUCAUGCCAAGGUCCCUGUGCUCUUGCACAAUGGAAAACCCGUCUGCGAAUCACUCAUAAUUCUCGAGUACAUCGACGAGACAUGGACGCAUAAUCCUCCUCUGUUACCUCAAGAUCCGCUCGAGAAAGCCUCAUCGCGUUUUUGGGCACAUUUCGGAGAUCAUAAGCUGAUGGAAUCAAUAUGGAAUGUGUUCACUUCACAAGGGAAAGAACAAGAGGAGGCAAUGGCUACAUCAAUUGAGAAUCUAAAACUCAUCGAUGAGCAACUAAAGGGGAAGAAAUUCUUCAAUGGAAACGCAAUUGGGUACCUUGAUUUGGCACUUGGUUGGAUGGCAAACUUGAUCAGCAUCCUGGAAGAAAUUAUCUCUGUAGAAUUGAUACAUACAGAUAAAUUCCCUCAUUUAUCAUCAUGGAUCCAAAAUUUCUCGGAUGAUCCAGUCAUCAUAGAAUGUUGGCCGCCAAGAGACAAAAUGGUCACUAAAUUCCAAAUCAUGCGUGACAAUUAUCUCACAAGGAGCAUCUGCCAAGUGAAGCCUGCCUAGCUAGAUUCUCAAAACAACUUCUUAUUCUAAUACUAGUGUCUUGUUUAUCAAAAUAAAAUAAUCAGACAAGCAUAUUUCUUUUAGAGCUGGCAAGAAUACCCACCGACUUACUAUCCAUCCGAAUCUAUUAGACUUUAGUCCAUAAAGGUCCAUCCAUUUAAAAUGUUGGGCUUGGGUGGAUCUGGACAAAAAGUUGUUUGGAUGGGUGUAAAUAAUCUACGGUUACUCAUCGGGUAGUGUAUUGGAUUUUCAAACUAUACAAUCAUCAUUUAAGUAGGCCAUGACCCGAUUCAACCAACUCAUUUAAGGAAGGAUCAUAUACGGGCUGGGUCGUGACGACUUGGCGCGGGUUAUGAGUCAACUGGUUUACUAUAAAAUUUUUACCCGCGGGUUGAUCCAUACAUAA